UCCACCUCCCAUGUCCUCCCUUCAAUUCAUUGCAUGGCUUUUUCUGUCUCCAAUUUUAAGCAUUUUUGUAGAAUUUGCAAGAAGGGUUUCGGAUGCGGGAGGGCUCUCGGCGGGCACAUGAGAGCUCAUGGUAUCGGCGAUGAAAGCGGGAACAUCGAAGAGGAAGAUCCGGCCAGUGAUUGGGAAGACAAGCUUGGAGGCCAUGUCCUUCCAAGCACCAAGAAAAUGUACGCCUUGAGGACAAACCCUAAUAGACUUAAGAGCUGCUGCAGAGUUUGUGAAAAUUGCGGUAAAGAGUUUUUGUCAUGGAAAUCUUUUCUCGAGCACGGUAAAUGCAACUCCGACGACGCCGAGUCCCUCGUCUCCUCCCCUGGCUCUGACGGCGAGGAUGGUUCAGGGAGGAAAGGAUAUGGGUGGUCCAAGAGAAAACGAUCCUUGAGAGCCAAGGUUGGGAACUUCAUCUCAAAUUGCCCUUCAAGCGAAGAAGAAGACCUCGCACAUUGCCUAGUGAUGCUGUCCAACGGCACCGUGGAUCCCAUACUAAUGGCGGAGCCGGAAGAGUCGUGUGCUUCAGCUAGUAAGGAGGAGGAGCGGCGGAACCCGAUGGGGUUCGCUGCUCCCAUGUCAUGCCGGCUGCCACUGGAAAAGGCCAAAGGGGUUGUCGGUAAAGGGAUGUUCGAGUGUAAGGCUUGCAAGAAAGUGUUCAAUUCGCAUCAAGCGUUGGGUGGACAUAGGGCUAGUCACAAGAAGGUAAAGGGUUGCUUCGCAGCGAGGUUAGAUCACAUGGACGAAAGUCUAGCCGAUGAAGAUGUGAUCACACACGACGAAUUCUCAGUGCCCUCGAAAUCAACCUCCACUUUUCAAUUCGAACAUGCCUCAAACGCAGCUCUUUCCUUCCCCUCAAAGAGAAAGUCCAAAGUCCACGAGUGCUCAAUAUGCCAUAGGGUUUUCUCGUCAGGACAAGCGUUGGGCGGGCACAAGAGAUGCCAUUGGAUCACUUCAACUGCUCCAGACACAUCUUCACUAUCCAAGUUCCACCAUUUUCAUGAUCAUUUGGAGCAAAUUCAGCAAAGACCCAAGUUGCCCAAAACGACGCCGCUUGAUCUCAACCUCCCAGCACCCGUUGACGACAUUGCUGGAAUCCGAAGGGACCCCAGAAACCCACUCAGCUUUGAGGUGUCUACAGACAUCUAUUUACGGACAUUUCCUAACAAUCACAACCACCAAAACGACGCCGGUGGGAACAAUAACGACAAUGAUGUAAACAAUAUUGAUGACAGUAAUGGAUUAAUCCACAGCAAUGUGGAAGACGAAGCAGACAGUAAGGUGAAGUUAGCAAAGCUAAGUGACCUAAAAGACAUCAACAUGAGUGGUGGUUCCUCUCCCUGGUUGCAGGUGGGGAUUGGUUCAGCGACCAAUGUGGGAGCUGACUCAUAAUAUAUUC